AAAUGUGUAAUUGAACAUUUCACCGCUGAUUUGCUUGGCUCUCUUCACCGUCUACCUCUCCCCGAAGAAACGAAAUUGUUUUCUGGCUGGUCCCCUUCUUUCUAUCCAUCGAAAUCACAGCUUGGCCUCUCCUCCUCCUUUGAUGGGAAGGGUUAAACUAAAGAUAAAAAGGUUAGAGAGCUAUAGCAACAGGCAAGUUACAUAUUCGAAACGCAGGACCGGAAUCUUGAAGAAAGCUAAGGAAUUAUCGAUAUUAUGUGACAUUCAUAUUAUCCUUCUAAUGUUUUCUCCAACUGGAAAGCCUACGUUAUUCCAUGGAGAGCGCAGCAAUAUUGAAGAGGUUAUUGCGAAGUUCGCACAAUUAACUCCACAAGAAAGGGCAAAAAGGAAGUUGGAGAGCCUCGAAGCACUAAAGAAAACCUUCAUGAAGUUGGAUCAUGAUCUAAACAUACAGGACUUUCUAGGUGCAACCUGUCGGUCUGUUGAGGAAAUGACAAAUGAAGUUUCAAGGUUUCGAGCUCAGCUAGCUGAAGUACAUAAGAGACUGAGCUACUGGAGUAAUCCAGAUAGAAUUGACAGUGUAGAACAUCUUCAGCAGAUGGAAGAUACACUAAGAGAAUCCAUUGAACGUGUUAGGAUACACAAGGAAAAUUUUGGAAAGCACCAUCUUAUGUCAUUUGAAUGUACUAACCAGUUUCAGAUGAGGAUACCUUCACCUGUAAUGAUCAGUGAGGUGCAAGAAGCCCAACCCGUGAUGUGGCUUCCCAGCAAUGAAAAUCAACAUAUGUUAAUGCAUAAUGUACCAAAUCUUCUGUCUCAUCGAGAUGCAGAGUGCUCUACAGAUUGCUCCCUUGCUGGUUAUUCCGGUUUCUUUGGCUCCGGUAAGCAAACAGAGAUUAGCAGUUCGGGUCAAGUUGAUAAUGUCGUACAUGAAUGUAAUGGCCUGAAUGAGUUAGGGAACAAUGCUUGCUUAAAUUUAGAAGCUGGUGAGCAAUAUUUCUACCAGCAGUUUAGCGCUUCAAAUUUCCAAGAUGAUGAGAAGUUGAAGACCGAUAUGGAGGCGAACCUACAAGGAAAUCCCACAGUUAACCAAGUUAUUAGCAACUUCGAUAUCUCUAGACCUAUGUAUAACAAUGGUCAUCAAGCUUGGGUAUCUUCUUCUGGCCCUUGUGGCAUUGCAAUGUUUGAUGGGGAUUCUUACCAGGCACCUUCAUCCGACCAAUGUCAUGAUUUAUAGCUGAAGGACUCACAGACAUGCACUGGAAUCCAACCAUUCCAUGGAUCAUGGACGUUUCGUGUGAUAGAUAGGUGAAACAUGCGGCAC